UGUAGCCUUCGCGCAACAGAAUUUGCUACACCUUAUGGGAAGCGAAGACGGGCUCUUAACACUACUUCCUUAGGAAAAGGGUGAAAGGCGAGAGAAAUACGCAAAAGAUUGUCUUCGCCUACAGCCAAAAUGAUCCACAGCCUCUUCUUAGUCAAUGCCUCAGGGGACAUUUUCCUGGAGAAGCACUGGAAAAGCGUGGUCAGCCGCUCAGUGUGUGACUACUUCUUUGAGGCGCAAGAGCGGGCCACCGAGCCGGAGAACGUCCCACCUGUGAUCUCUACGCCUCACCACUACCUGAUCAGUGUGCUCAGGCAUCGUAUCUACUUUGUGGCAGUAAUCCAGAGUGAGGUGCCACCGCUCUUUGUUAUCGAGUUUCUGCACCGAGUUGUCGACACCUUCCAGGACUAUUUUGGAGUGUGUACCGAGGCUGCCAUCAAGGACAAUGUGGUAGUGGUCUAUGAGCUACUGGAGGAGAUGCUGGACAAUGGCUUUCCCUUAGCCACAGAGUCCAACAUCCUCAAAGAGCUCAUUAAGCCCCCCACCAUCCUCCGCACAAUGGUCAACACCAUUACAGGCAGCACCAAUGUGGGCGAGCAGCUCCCUACAGGACAGCUGUCAGUGGUGCCAUGGCGACGCACCGGGGUCAAAUACACCAACAAUGAAGCCUAUUUUGAUGUGGUGGAGGAGAUCGACGCUAUCAUUGAUAAAUCAGGCUCCACUAUUACAGCAGAAAUCCAGGGAGUUAUUGAUGCCUGUGUAAAGCUGACAGGCAUGCCUGACCUCACUUUAUCAUUUAUGAAUCCUCGGCUGCUGGAUGAUGUCAGCUUCCACCCUUGUGUUCGAUUCAAGCGUUGGGAGGCUGAGCGGAUCCUCUCAUUUAUCCCUCCUGAUGGAAACUUCCGGUUGCUCUCUUACCACGUCAGCUCUCAGAAUCUGGUGGCGAUCCCAGUGUAUGUCAAGCACAACAUCACCUUCCGGGAGGGAAGCUCCCAGGGACGUUUUGAUUUGACCCUGGGACCCAAACAGACCAUGGGCAAGGCUGUGGAGUCGGUCCUAGUCAGCAGCCAGCUGCCUCGCGGUGUUCUCAAUGCCAGCCUCAACCCCUCCCAGGGAACAUACACCUUUGACCCAGUCACAAAGUUGUUGACAUGGGAUGUUGGUAAGAUAAACCCACAGAAGCUUCCCAGUCUGAAAGGCACCAUGAGCCUGCAGGCUGGCGCCUCCAAACCCGACGAGAACCCCACCAUCAACAUCCAGUUCAAGAUCCAGCAGAUGGCCAUUUCAGGGCUCAAGGUGAAUCGACUGGACAUGUAUGGUGAGAAGUAUAAACCUUUCAAAGGCAUCAAGUACAUGACGAAGGCUGGAAAGUUCCAGGUGCGGACAUGAAGACUGGGGGACCACUAGACCAAGCCACCACAAGACUGAGGGGGGAUGUGAUGGGGAAAGUGGAGCUGGUAUAUUCCCUUUCUAUAUGCAUUUCAGGAUUUACCUACACAAUAAGGAGACUCCUUGUAGCAGUUAAGAAUGGACCAUUUCACAUAGAGAUCUCAGACGUCCAGAUGUCCAGGGAACAGGUUAGUGCUUUUUGAUUCUGCAGUCUGAACUCAAGUGUAAUAAAACAUUUCUAUCUUGAUCCAGGCUGAACCUCACUAGUCCCAGUACAUAUUUCUCCUGAUACACACUCUUAGCACCAUUACUGAUCAUUUUCAUCCCCUGCCCAAACCAAACAGUUGCAUGUGGGGUUUGUUCCAGUCUGUGUUAGUUCAGGCUCCACCAAGUUCAGAUGUAAUUCUUAAACAAACAGUACAGUAGCCUUUGGGUUUUGGAAGUAUUCAGAAUCUGUUGAAAUCCCCUGGCCUAUGAUGUUUGUCCACAUAGGUGUAUGUGGGUUACUGAAACUUGACUCCAAGCAAGAGAUAUUGGAUAUCGAAUCUAAAAUGGAACAAAAACACCCCAAGUAAUAAACUGUAGUGAUAGUGGGAGUUUUAUAAUAUGACAGAAGUUUAUUGUUUUACCAUUGUUGAAGAACCACUGCAGCUUUGUCCUGCAGCACAGUAGUACAUUAAACUACAUACCUCAAAGAGAAUCUAGUGGCAGUUGGCUGUGUGGAAGUGCUGUAACAGCUUAUACCUGCUACAUCUCAUAUUUUAUGGACCAGAGCUCCUACAGUCACCUAUGCUCCAAAGAGUCCCCAUUGUGAAAUGCUGAAGUGCUAGUGAAAGUGAUCACUGUAUUUCCUAUCCUCCUGUCCAGUUUUUUCUUUUCCAGCAUUGAUGUGUUUUCUGUUUGUUCUGCUGUUGUGUUCCUCUUCACCUCGUUGCAAUAAUAUGUAUGAUGAGUUUGUCUGCAGGACUGAAGUCGGCAUACUCACAUAUGAAAAUACACUGGAGCCGUCCUCGGUCCUGCAUUUUCACCUCUGCUGGUACCAACAUUUUCUUUUAAUGCAAGUGCGUUGAACGUAGAGUUUCUAACACUGAGUUCUUUAUUACUAUGAAGGAUUCUGGGAAAAUUUGAGGUAUGUUUGUCUGUUUUUAACUAUUAUUUAUUAAAAAGGAAAGUAAUGUUGUCUGUCUAUUAUGACCACUUGGUCUAUGGUCAGUUUCCCCAUUAAGUUUUGUUUUCAGCAUGUAGGAAAAUGUGUCUGAUCUGUUCAGUUUGGUGCUUAACGCUGAUCCAAAUGCUCCAGAAAUGUUCUUGCGGUGCGUCACGACCCUUACAGUCAGAGAAACUGCCUAUUGUGCAUUUAAUAUGUAUUUGCAUACAUCAAGUAAACACAACAUUAUCAGUGUCACCAUGACAACUGGGGCUGCCCUGGAAAAACCAGCACAGGAGUUAAUGUGGUACACACUGUGCAUCCCUCUGAGUCUCUGCUGAAGCCACCCACCCACCAUCAUGUUCAGGCCUCUCACAGUUUGCUAAAAAUAUAUUGUGUUAACAACUCAAAAUAAAAAGAACAUAAUAAACUAUUUGUAUUGCUGCAAUGGUGAGGUACCCCCAGAAGAAGUGUUGAAGGUCUGCAUUUUGUUUUUACAUAACUGUGCUUGUUAACAGCCUCCAAUGGAGUGUUGCAAUGGUGACAAUAAUGAUUUGAUGUGUUUUAACCAAGUGAUGACGUUAAUCAUUGACUGUAUAUUAUUCCGUGAUGUUAAAUUUUGUGUUAACCAAUCAUCACCUUUGAAAAUGAUUACUUCUGUUAAUUUCCUUUCCAAAUGUUUAAACAAGUCUUGAAGUUACACUUUGGGUGAAUAUUUUUAAUAGCAUUUUAAGGUGUAUUGCUGCAAUAUUUUGGGUAUACUAAUGUUACUUCCCCUUUGUCAUAAAGACUAUAGGGUUGCUUAUCAUACUGUAGCUAUGCGCAUGACACCCAGGGCUGUCUAGUGUUCUCACCAAAUGACUGUGGUCCACGGGCCUGUUCAAGAUUCAAGAUUUUUAUUUGCCAUUUAUGCAUAAACAGGCAGUCUAGGCAUAUAGGAUUUUUGUUGUGUCUGUGCCUUAAGAAAGUGGACAGCUGGCUGCAACAAAACGUCCUUCAACUGAGUAAAAAUGAGACAGAAUUUUUUUUUUGACAAUAAAGACAGAAGGCUGGUGCUCCGUGCUUACCUUACACCCAGUGCCCUAAAAAUAACACUAGUGAUGGGUAGAUGAGGCGUCAUGAAGCGUUUCGACACAUUGCCAAACUGUAUUGAUACUGUGUCGAUACUGUGUCACUGAAUACUGGCACCUGUUGGACCUUAAAAAUCCCUACAGGCAAUCUAGAUGACAGACUCAACUGACACUGACUUGAUGA